AUGGUUGAAUAUCCAAAAAUAUCAGAAAUAUUAGCAGAUACAGGUUCAAUAAUAUCUUGGAUACUUUCAAUAUCAUUUAUUGUAUCAAAAUAUAAUGAAAAUAUUUGUUUAUAAAAAACAUAAAAAGAAGUUAUUUAAAUGUAUUAUAAUGAUUUUAUUGAUUUUAAAAUAAAAAAGAAUUUGUUAGGAAAAAUAAAAAGUGUAAAUUAUAAAGAAAAAGAAUAUGAUCCUUAAAAAUCAGAAGAAAUAUUAUAAAAAUUAGAUUAAAUUGUUAUUGAAAAAAUGAAUUAUUUAAAUUUAUAAAAUGAAGUAGCUAAGUAAAUAUUUUUUAUUAAAUUUAAUUUAGAUUAUAAUAAAUUUUAUAAGAACAUUUAGGAUUAGAAAAAAUUAAAAAAUAUUUAGAAUCUAAAUCUAAAUUAGAACUUCUUUUUGAUAAAUUAGGUGUACCUGAAAAAAAAAUCCAGUCUGUUAAUUAAAUAGUAAUUUAAUUAAAACUAAAAAGCUUCCAACUGAUUAAUAAUGCAUGAGGGCUUCUUAAUUAUAGGUGAAUUCCGAAACAGAAACAUUUUAAUAAAUGCAAAAUACUUUAGAUCAAGAAUUAGAAGAAAGAAUUGAGCUAUUAGCAAAUAAAAAUAUUAGAUAGAUAUAAAAACAAGGCCCUUAAAACCUUUAAUAAAGUUUAAAUAUUAAUUUACAAGUAAUAAAUCUUGAAUAAUCAUAAUUGUCGUCUCUGAAAUGA